AUGUGGUAUUUCAUAUUUCUGUGUGCCUCUUACAUUUGUCUAGCCGAUUCAAGUUUAGCGCCUUUUAUCACAAAAUGUAAACAUGACGAUACAAAAUGUCUGACGGAAACAAUGAGAACCACUAUUCCAUUAUUUGCUGAUGGGAUCCCUGACCUAAAUGUGCAAAAACUGGAUCCUUUGAAGUUAAAACAUAUAGAUGCUACAACAGCUAAUUUAAAAUUAAUAAUUUCUGAUGCGGUUUUAACAGGAUUAAGAAAUUGUGAAGCUAAGAAGUUAUCGAGAGACGUUGAAAAAUCGCAACUAGCCGUCGAACUAUUGUGUACAUGUGAGCUAGAAGGAAAAUACGACAUGGAUGGGAAGUUGUUCGUUGUGCCCAUUAAAGGCAACGGAGAUUUACACGCAGUUAUUAGAAAAAUAUUGAUUAACGUAGAAGCAGACAUAGUUGAGGAAGAUGGUAAGGAGAAUAAAAAACACUGGAGGGUAAAAUCUUGGAGACACAACUUCACGUUGAAUGACAAAUCAGAUGUCGAUUUCCAGAACUUAUUCCCGGAUAACGAAGUGUUGCGUCAAACCGCAACUGAACUUAUUACAAAUAAUGGGAAUGACGUUGUUCUAGAAAUCGGACAACCCGUCAUCAAAGCUGUAGCCGGAAAAGUUGUGAGAAGAAUUCAAAACUUUUUAGAAGCAGUACCUUUGGAAGACUUAGUUUUAGAUUGA